AAUAGGCUAAUAAUUCAUAAAACAUACAAAAUGAAUAAUGAAGACCAACUGAAAUGUGCUUUGAAUAGGUCCCUGUAUAACCUACUAAAGGUUCAUGUUAAAAUGAGCAAAGGGCUGUAUAAAGAAUUAAAGGAACAGCGUGUCAUAUAAAUACAUGUGUAACAGAGUGAGGAGCGGAAACCGGGGGUGGUAACAACAGAGAAAGUGUUGGCGGAGAAGGAAGAGGAAUCCAACAAGCUAGAGCUACAUCCGGCUGAAGUUAGGACCCCGAGGCGCAUAGAAGCUGGUGACGCGAUCACGUGUUGCCGGAGGUUUCCAGGAAGUGAUCUCACAGGCGUCCUUAGAGCACCAAGAUGGCGCCCAAAGGGAGAAGACGUGGAGUUCUUUCAUCCACCCCCCUGGAGGUUCUCUUCUUCCUCAAUGGGUGGUACUGCGCCUCCUACUUCCUCAUUGAGACUCUCAUUUUCAUCUAUAAAGGACUGAUCCUGCCGUACCCCACAUCUAAUCUGAUCCUUGAGUCAUUCCUCCUCUUCCUCUAUCUGGGCAUUGAGGUCUCUCGGCUGUUUCUGGGGUGCCGGGGGAACCUGUGUGAGAGGAAACUGCCUUUGGUGGUGAGUUUGGGCCUGACUGUACCCGCCGGACUGCUAGCACUCUAUUUCCUGUUGCUUCAGACCUAUGCCCUGAGGCUAGAGACUGUGCUGAACUGCAUCCUGCUGCUCUUCUAUGGGCUGGAGGCAAUACUCAGCUGUACAGCCCUCAUCACUCUCUGCAGGGAACCAACCUACUGAGCCGAGACCAAUCCUGUGUGUUUCCCUGAAAUCUCACAUCUGUUUGCCGUGCAAAUUACCCCUAUUCAGAGUGACACCCGUUACUGUUCUACUCCCAGAAGCCCCCACUCCACUCUGAAUAGGAACGUACCUAUUCUCAUUUUAACCUUUGUCACUGGGACCUGAAAUAAUAAAAUGUAUCUUUCUUUUUUA